AUGGAGCCACAUAGCAAAAACCAAGAGAGUGGCAGUGGUGGCUCGGACCAUCAUGUACCAAUUCAAGAACCAUCGUCUCUCCAACUAGUUUCCCUUCACCACCAAAGUCAACCUGAAACUAACCCUGGGUCCGGCCAGGCCCCAGCCCAUGGUCCCUUUAUGGGCUCCAUCUCCAUGCAAUCAGGAGCCUUUGGUUUAUCCUCUCCUUCCACAAACACCACCACCUCCUCUUCCACCAACACCGCGCCUACAACGGCCGCCGCGAACAAUAAACUGGCCAAAAAGCCGUCGAAAGACCGCCACACGAAGGUGGAUGGCCGAGGGCGGCGCAUCCGCAUGCCGGCCUUGUGUGCAGCUAGAGUGUUCCAGCUGACGAGAGAAUUAGGCCAUAAAUCGGAUGGUGAGACCAUAGAAUGGCUUUUGCACCAAGCUGAACCGGCGAUUAUAGCUGCAACUGGUACAGGUACAGUUCCGGCCAAUAUAUCCACCCUCAACGUGUCCUUACGCAGCAGUGGCACCACCAUUUCAGCUCCAACGUCCAAGUCUGCUCCUCUCUUCCUUGGCGGCGCCACCGGGAUGCUAGGUUUCCAUCACCAGCUAUCUUCCAACACCGGGUUUGGGCAAGAUCCAGGGGAGAAUUACAUGAAAAAGCGGUUCAGAGAAGAUAGUUCUGGAGCAACGUCACCUACAGCUUCUAAACUGGGGAGAACAGGGGUGCAAGAUCAAGAACCAGGUUCAGAACCAAAACCCGGUUCAACACAGCCCUCCAGUUUUCUCCCAGCUCCCGGCAUGUGGGCGAUGGCUCCGGCGGCCACCACCGUUGGCAACGCCUUCUGGAUGCUGCCUGUGACAGGAGGAGCCACCACGACCACCGUGGUUCCAAGGCAGCAAGAGCACCAAGUAUGGCAGUACAAGGCAUCUCCCAUGCAGAGGAUCGGAGGCUUCGAGUUCCCAAGUGGCGGCAGGUUCAGCCCAGUUCAGCUUGGUUCUAUGGUGUUGCAGCAGCCACAGCCCCCGGUUCAGCAGCUUGGCCUCGGUGUCUCCGACACUAGUAACAUGGGAAUAUUGGCCUCCAUUAAUGCAUAUGGCAAUAGUAAUAGUAGGAUUGAUUUAGGAAUGAAUUUGGAGCAGCAUCACCAUCAUCAAAAUCAGCCACAAGGGAGCGAUAGUGGCGAUGAAAAUCCCAAAGAUUCUCAAUAA